CUCGCUCCUAUCCGCGCUCACGGACCGCACGGGUGUUUUGGCCCGCGGGCGGAGCCGUAGCUACAGUGUCCUGCGGGGUCCGUAACCCGGAAAUUCAGAGUCCAGAAUUCCCUGCUGAGGUCCGAGAUGUCGGAGAAGGGAGCCGGGGCGAGCGGGGGCUCCCCGCAGGCCAGCUCGGUGACUGUCAGUGACGUCCAGGAGCUGAUAAGGCGCAAGGAGGAAAUUGAAGCGCAGAUCAAAGCCAACUAUGACGUGCUGGAGAGCCAAAAAGGUGUUGGGAUGCACGAGCCACUGGUGGACUGUGAAGGCUACCCCCGCUCGGACGUGGACGUGUACCAAGUUCGAACCGCCAGGCACAACAUCGUCUGCUUGCAGAACGAUCACAAGGCGGUGAUGAAGCAGGUGGAGGAGGCCCUGCACCAGCUCCACGCUCGGGACAAGGAGAAGCAGGCCCGCGACAUGGCCGAGGCCCACCAGGAGGCCAUGAGCCGCAGCCUGAGCCAGAGCGAGGGCCUCAGCCCCGCUCAGGCCUUUGCCAAAGUGAACAGCAUCAGCCCCGGCUCCCCUGCCAGCACUGCAGGUCUGCAAGUGGAUGAUGAGAUCGUGGAAUUUGGCUCCGUAAACUCCCAAAACUUCCAGUCGCUACAGAACAUUGGCAGCGUCGUGCAGCACAGUGAGGGGAGGCCCCUGAACGUGACAGUGAUCCGCAGAGGGGAGAGACACCAGCUCAGGCUUGUCCCAGCGCGCUGGGCGGGCAAAGGACUGCUGGGCUGCAACAUUAUUCCUUUGCAAAGAUGACUGUCCCUGGGGAACAGUAACAGGAAAGCGUCUUUGGUUGCCAUGGACUUGGGUCUGGGGGGGAUUUCUUCCUUCUCGUCUCUCCCUGAAGUUUAAGGAUCUGGAAGAGGCUGGAAGCUGGAACUUCUAGGUGGUGGGAAUGCUGUGGCCUCCGAGUAUAUGUAACCUCUGGGGACUAAGGGAUUGUUAAAAACUUGACAUGUAUUUAGUGUCGUUUGCAAAUUAGGCCACUGCCCUAAAUGAGAGUCCUCUGAUUUUGGACAAGAGGGUGGGAGUUAUUCUGGCAAGAUGCUUGCUGGCAUGACUUUAUCCUUUCAGGAUUUUUUUCCCCAAAUAAACACAGUUUUACAGUACUGAUAAGACCAAGUAAUCAUCCCAACUGAAUUUCUUACGAACCUCCCAGACCAGAGUGUAGAUGGGAGUUUGGACAUCAUCAUAGAAAGUUGCGUAGAACAACAGUUGUGCCAAAGCCAAAUCCGACCUGCCGCGUUCGGGGCCAUCAUUCUUUACAGCGUGCCGUCAUAAAUUGUAGUGUCCCAGCCACUCGGGCCACCCAUCUGCGUCUGCAGGGCAGCGUUGCUGCUCCAAAUACAGAGAUGGUGCCCUCAGUGUUGGACCUCUAGGGCCACAGGUGCUCCCUUUAAGAACAGAGAGAGCAGGGGGCUCCCAGGCAGCCCAGCGAGGGGUGCGUGUCCUCGUCCAUGAGCCACCAGAGGGCAGCAAGCUCCCUUCACUUCUCAAAUAAAAAGGCCUGCAAACUAGCUUCUCAUUUCACUUUUUGUACUUGAACCUCUUUGUCCCGCCCUCCCAUCAGCACUGUUUUAUAAUGGCCCAGGUGGGUCUGAUGCGUCUGAUGGGACCACGCGGCGUGCGCAGGGCUGGCCUCUUGAAAAUGCCGAUUCCUCUUGUUUUCUCUGUAACAGCGAAGCGGGUGUCAGUGAUUCCUAGGGACUCUGGUCUUUCUCUCGUCGAUGUGUCACAGUGUUGAUUUCCCCAGUUGUCACCGACCAGCCUCUCUGUCAAGAGACCUGGCACUUGGCCAGGGCCUGCUGGUGGCCUCUGAGCCUGCGUUUGCCUGGGUUGCACCCAGAUGCCAGCCUGCCCUGAUGGGGCUCAGUAUGGGGACGUGCUUCCAGCCUUGGGAGCCUUGCUGUUGAGUGCCUUCCCCAGGCUGUUCCUUGUGUCGUAUGCUCCUGUGUCCCCUGUAGCCGUAGUGUUUACCAGUCUUUGCUGUUUAUAUUCUGUGUUCGAGUUCCCAGGGCUUUUCAGUCUCUUUUUAUGAGCCCUCGGUGAUAAUAAACACAGCUUAUCCCAUUCA